AUUGGUUAGGCGGCGCGAGGCGGCCGGGGACCGUUGGAGUGGGGUGGCUGAGGCGUUCGGCCGCCCGCCUCCGUGGGGCCGGCGGUGCGGCGGCCGCAGCCCGCCCGGACGGCGCUGGCCGCGCCCGGGCAGCCCCGGCACCCCCCGACGGGAGAGAUUGUCUUUAAAUGUCUGAAGAAGGAACUGAGCCCAGGAAAGUGGAAGUUGCCCUGAGAGACUUCUCAGUGUAAUUCAGGUAAGGGAAAAGGCUGCGGUGGCUUCCAAGAUGAAUGUGUGUUGUGAGAUCUUUACCAGAGAAUAAUGAGCAGGCAGUGGAGAACUGCUGAGGGAAGCUGUUAAUCAGAGACACGUGUGAAGUGCCAAAGCACGGCUUUGUUUUCCCCGGUGACAUUUAAGCCUAAUGAAAUGUGGCCUGCCAUGUUGCACGCGGAAUGAUUGAGGAGAGUGGGAAGAGGAGGAGGACAAUGGCGGAGAAGAGACAGCUGUUCAUGGAAAUGAGAGCACAGAAUUUUGAUGUCAUCAGACUUUCAACGUAUCGAACAGCCUGUAAACUGCGGUUUGUACAAAAAAGAUGUAAUCUUCAUCUUGUUGAUAUCUGGAAUAUGAUUGAAGCCUUCCGAGAUAAUGGCCUUAACACUUUGGAUCAUAACACAGAGAUCAACGUGUCUCGACUAGAAACAAUCAUUUCAUCCAUCUACUACCAGCUAAACAAACGCCUUCCUUCUACUCACCAAAUCAGUGUAGAGCAAUCCAUCAGCCUCCUCCUCAACUUCAUGAUAGCAGCAUAUGACAGCGAGGGCCAUGGGAAGCUGACGGUAUUUUCAGUGAAAGCUAUGUUAGCAACAAUGUGUGGCGGUAAAAUACUGGACAAACUAAGAUAUAUUUUCUCUCAAAUAUCAGAUUCAAAUGGACUAAUGAUAUUUACAAAGUUUGAUCAGUUUUUGAAAGAAGUUCUAAAGCUUCCGACAGCUGUGUUUGAGGGGCCUUCCUUCGGAUACACGGAGCAUUCUGUACGGACCUGUUUCCCGCAACAAAAAAAGAUCACGCUAAACAUGUUUUUAGACACAUUGAUGGCUGAUCCGCCUCCUCAGUGCCUUGUGUGGCUGCCUCUCAUGCACAGACUCGCCCAUGUCGAAAAUGUCUUCCAUCCCGUGGAAUGUUCGUAUUGCCGGUGUGAGAGCAUGAUGGGGUUCCGGUACCGAUGCCAGCAGUGCCACAACUACCAGCUCUGCCAAAACUGUUUUUGGCGUGGCCAUGCAAAUGGUCCUCAUAGCAACCAGCAUCAGAUGAAGGAGCAUUCCUCUUGGAAAUCACCUGCAAAGAAGCUGAGCCAUGCAAUUAGUAAAUCCCUCGGUUGCGUACCAAGUAGAGAACCACCUCGCCCUGUAUUUCCCGAGCAGCCAGAAAAGCCACUUGAUCUUGCACAUAUAGUCCCUCCUCGGCCUCUGACUAACAUGAAUGACGCCAUGGUGACCCACAUGUCCUCUGGAGCACCCACACCGACAAAAAGGUCGCAGUGCGCCCGGGAUGCUGCCGGCCGAUUAGCAGACGAGCACGCACUGAUAGCAGCCUACGUGAGCUGGCUGCAGAGCGGCGCACGGUUAGUGUUAGGAGAGCCUUGCCGGAGCGGGGACGGGGACCGGAACGCUGCUUCCCCCAGGGAGGGAUGUUCCAGGCAAAGUGUCCUGGACAGCCCCGGCCGGCUGGACGAGGAGCACAGGCUGAUUGCCAGGUACGCCGCCCGGCUGGCCGCCGAAGCUGGAAACGCCCCUCGCCCACCGACAGACCUGGGUUUCAGCUUUGAUGCCAAUAAACAACAAAGACAGCUGAUAGCGGAGCUGGAAAACAAAAACAGAGAGAUACUGCAAGAAAUUCAGCGUCUCAGGCUGGAACACGAACAAGCCUCUCAACCCACCCCCGAGAAAGCCCAGCAGAACCCGACUUUGCUGGCCGAGCUCCGGCUGCUACGGCAGAGGAAGGAUGAGUUGGAGCAGAGGAUGUCUGCGCUGCAGGAAAGCAGGAGGGAGCUGAUGGUGCAGCUGGAAGGGCUGAUGAAGCUGCUCAAGGAAGAAGAGCAAAAGCAGGCAGCGCAGGCAGCAGGCUCGGCACACUCCUCGCCCACCCACGGGGCCGGCCGCCCCAUGCCCAUGCCCGUCAGAUCCACCUCCGCCGGCUCCACCCCGACGCACGUCCCGCAGGACUCGCUGGCAGGAGACAUGCAGGAAGCUUUCACGCAAGGUACGAGGAGGAACCUCCGCAAUGACCUGCUGGUAGCAGCCGAUUCCAUCACCAACACCAUGUCGUCGCUGGUGAAGGAGCUUCACUCAGCAGAGGAAGAAGAUGAAGAAGAAACAGAGAAAAUGCAGAAUGGGAAGGACCGAGGUUAGACGGCCGGCCGCAGGCUGCACAGGAAUUCAGGCACAGAGGGUUGCGCUUAUGACCGAGAGACGUCUCCCGUCCUUUGGAAGAGGCACGUUUCAGCUGACACAUCCACCAUCAUGCAACUGUGACCGAUCUCAACCACCUGCUGACGAAAGCGGCUUGCUCCGAACCACCCGGAGGGUUUUCCCCGUGGGCACCUGCCUCUUAGGUCAUUGCAUGUACUAUUCUCCUCCAUGUGUUUACUAACGGUAAUCAGACAAUGCCCCAUCAAACUCAGCAAUUUAUGGGAGGUUUAAGGAAAAAAAAAAAAUUCAACCAAAAGGAAAGCUAAUUCUCCCUGCGCCUGCUAAGUGUACUGAUCUUCUUUGGUUUCCUCCCAAACGGUGUCAUCAUCGCGUCACGCGCCGUCAUCUCCUCUUGCCUUCCGCCCCUCGGGAUGCAUGAAAAAACGGGUGUAGAGCCUCCUUCACACAAAGGGGAUUCUGCCUUCAAAAAACCCACCGUCUCGAAACCCCGCUGUCUGCCAGUGUCUGGUUGCCGUCGUGCGUGACGUCGCGUGGCCUCCCAGGCGUCAUCGCUGGGGAUGCGCCACGGCAGGGACGGGCCACCGGCCGCCUGCUCCCGGCGUUACGGGCUCUGCUUCUCUCCAGACUGUUGAAACCGUUCCCUUUACAGGCAGGGAAUGCAGGGGCGAGCGUUGCUGGGCUCGGAUUGGCACCUCGGCCUUCAUUUUGAGGAGUCGCGUUCAGUUUUGUUUCAAAUGAAGAGAAAGGCCCGAGCUGUGCCGUGCGGGGCUGGCAGCUCACCGCUCCGCCCUCGCUAGGCUUUUCUUUCCCAGCUGCUCAGAAAACAUCGUAAUCAGUUCCAAUCACUGCUGAUUUUCUUUUUUUUUUUUUCUUUUCGCCUUGGUGCUUAGGAAUGUUAUUUUUAGUGGAAGGAGCCGAGUGCCCUAA